AUUAACCAUCCAGGAAGCUGGAAAACAGAACUUAACAGGCAGCAUCCCCCACAGGCUUACUGUACGCAUGCUGGUUCCAGGACAGGAGGACUGAGCCAGCAGAAACAGCCUGAGUCCACUGCAGACUGGCCUGGCUAUACUGGACAAUGCCACUCCUCCUGUAUAGCUGUCUUCUCUGGCUGUCCUCCAGUGGCCUCUGGAAUGUCCAGGCCAUGGAUCCUAACGCUGCUUAUAUGAACAUGAGUAGACAUCGGGAUCUGGCUUCAGUCAACGUUGAUUUUGCCUUCAGCCUGUAUAAGCACCUAGUGGCCUUGAGUCCCAAGAAGAACAUUUUCAUCUCCCCUGUGAGCAUCUCCAUGGCAUUAGCUAUGCUGUCCCUGGGCACCUGUGACCACACACGGGCCCAACUUCUCUGGGGCCUGGGCUUCAACCACACUGAGAAGUCUGAGGCUGAGAUCCACCAGGGUUUCCAGCACCUCCACCAACUCCUUGUAGAAUCAGACACCAGCUUAGAAAUGACCUUGGGCAAUGCCUUGUUUCUUGAUGGGAGCCUGGAGUUGCUGGAGUCAUUCUCAGCAGACAUCAAGCACUACUAUGAGUCAGAGAUCUUGACUUCGAAUUUCCAGGACUGGGCUACAGCAGCCAGCAGACAGAUCAAUGACUAUGUCAAGAGUAAGACACAGGGGAAAAUUGAUGACUUCUUCUCAGGGCUGGAUAGCCCAACCAUCCUCAUCCUGGUCAACUAUAUCUUCUUCAAAGGCACAUGGAAACAGCCCUUUGACCUCGCAAGCACCGGGGAGGAAAACUUCUAUGUGGACGAGACAACUGUGGUGAAGGUGCCCAUGAUGUUCCUGUCGGGCACCAUCAGUUACCUUCAUGACUCAGAGCUCCCCUGCCAGCUGGUGCAGCUGAACUAUUCAGGCAAUAGGACUGCCUUCUUCAUCCUUCCGGAAAAGGGAAAGAUGAACAUGGUCAUCACUGCGCUAAGCCGGGACACAAUUGACAGGUGGUCUGCAGGCCUGACCAGCAGCCAGGUGGACCUGUACAUUCCGAAGGUCACCAUCUCUGGAGCCUAUGACCUCGGAGGUGUGCUGGAGGAAAUGGGCAUUGCAGACUUGUUCACCAACCACGCAAAUUUCUCACGCAUCACCCAGGAUGCCCAGCUGAAGUUAUCAAAGGUGUUCCAUAAGGCUGUGCUGCAAGUCAGUGAGGAGGGUGUGGACACAACUGGCUCCAGUGGGGUCACCCUAAACGUGAUGUCCAGGCGUAUCAUCAUGCGUUUCAACCAGCCCUUCCUCAUCAUGAUCUUCGACCACCUCACCUGGAGCAGCCUUUUCCUGGGCAGGGUUGUGAACCCAGCGUAAGAGACUGCCCACCUGGAGCCACAGCACUAUCUGACUUUGGGCACCAGGGACCCUAUGGAAAUGUUUUGGAGAGCAGAAAGUAAGUUUCCCCCAAUCCUCUUGAAGUUCUCCUUCCAAUCAGACUUGUAUCUAUUUUUAGGCAUCUUGUAAUAAAUAUCAUUGCAACUCUGA